UGCAGGGAGGGGCGGAGCCAGGAAAGGGGGCGGAGCCGAAAUGUUUGAGGGGCUGCGCUUGGAUUGUUAAGAGGCGUGGAGUGGGGACUCACAGUGGAUGGGCGACUGUCGAGGGGUGGUAAGGGCGUGGUGGGGCGUGGUCCUGGGGGUGGGUCUUGGAAGGGUGGGGCUCUGGGUGCUGGGAGGAGAGGAGAAGCCUGAAGCGAACUAACUGAACUCGCUAGUUCGUCACCAGCAGAGCCCCUGAUGGAUGCAACAAGUAAAGGAGGGAGGCCCAGGUCUAUUUUAGGACUGGGCUUGUAGCUGCGAAGUGCUGAAUGGGGAAUCCAGGCCAAACUGGUCUUUUCUCCUGGCACCCUGUAUUCAUGGCCUUGGCGUUCUGCCUCUGCAUGGCUGAGGCCAUCCUGCUCUUCUCGCCCGAGCACUCCCUGUUCUUCUUCUGCUCCCGAAAGGCCCGGAUCCGACUCCACUGGGCAGGGCAGACCCUAGCCAUCCUCUGUGCAGCCCUGGGCUUGGGCUUCAUCAUCUCCAGCAGGACCCGCAGUGAGCUGCCCCACCUGGCGUCCUGGCACAGCUGGGUAGGGGCUCUGACGUUGCUGGCCACUAUCGGCCAGGCACUGUGUGGACUUUGCCUCCUGUGUCCCCGGGCAGCCAGGGUCUCGAGGGUGGCUCGUCUCAAGCUCUAUCAUCUGACAUGUGGACUGGUGGUCUACCUGAUGGCUACAGUAACAGUGCUUCUGGGCAUGCACUCUGUGUGGUUCCAGGCUCAGAUCAAAGGUGCAGCCUGGUACCUGUGCCUGGUGCUGCCCCUCUAUCCAGCCCUGGUAAUAAUGCAUCAGAUCUCCAGCUCCUACUUGCCAAGGAAGAAAAUGGAAAUUGCCACCUAAGAGGAGCUAGGGGAAGAGCCGCAAGACAUGACAGACCAUCUUGGCCAGAAUUUAUGGAACUUCUUGGGGACUGGCAGGGGGAUGGGGAGGGUUGAAGAGAUGUAGCCUUGGGAUGAUGGAGAAAGGAGUAUCAAAACUCCCUAGGCGCAGAGACAGGGCUUGACACAGGCCAAAACAGAGGGGAGAAUUUUCAGUGGUCUUCUUCCCGAGACCUGUUCUCUUUACCAGCUCGUCCUCUUGGCUAAACUCAGCCAUAGCAAAAACUGCUUUGAAAAAAUUUAAAAAAUACCAAAUAUGUGUAGACUUGGGGUGGGGGGGCGGGCAGCCUGGCGUCAACAUCUGUCAUUUCAUCGACUGCCAGGGUUGAUAUGUCCUGUGUGACUGGCUGUGAGGUGUCUCCAUCCCUCACUCUUUAGUUGUUCCCUCAUGAAAAGAAAAAGUCAACUUUCCAGACAGAAGAGGACCACCUUUCAGUCAAGAUUUUAGCAGUUGUAAUAAAUGAGGUAAUUAUUCAAGUUCUGAUUCUUUAUUUUUUUCAGCUGCACUGCACGGCUUGCGGGAUCUUAGUUUCCCACCCAGGGACUGAACCCAGGCAGGCCCUGGGCAGUGAAAAUGCCAAGUCCUAACCACUGGACAGCCAAGGAAUUCCCCCAAUUUUGAUUCUUUUCAUUUCUUUUUUUGUUAUACCAUUUCCCCUCCCUUUGGGGAAUCUACCAUGACAGUCCCCUUCCAGAAGUACCAAGAGAGUAGCCAAAGAAACUGCCUAUUCUUAGUUCAGUAGAAUCUGGGCCAAUUUCUGAUAGGCUGUCUUCCGUACCAAGAAAGCGGGGACUGCAUUUCUCUGUUCAGUGCAAUGCUAGGACACAUUACAUUGUCAAUGAAUACCACCUGCCCAUUAGAUUAAUAUACUCUAAGCCAAACUAAGAUGGUUACCACUCACAACACGAACAUAUAUUGGUAAUAAUCAAAAUACUGUGGACCCAAGCUGCUCACCAUCAUUUCUUUUAACCCAGUUCAAAUAUUUUCCACGGUACAGUUUGUAGGCUUGAUCCAGACUUUCAAGAGGGCUCUUCAGGGAGACAACCCUCCUCCCCAGGGAUCCAGAAAGCCUUCAUUAUCUACAGGCUCUAGCCCCAAGUCAUGGAAUUUCUAGACUCCUGCUAACGUGUCAAUGACAUUUCUUUUGAGAACAUUGGGUUGGCAAAUUUGUCCGCAGGCCAAAACCAACUUGCUGCCUGGUUUUUUGUGGUAUGUGAGCCAGUAAGAGUUUUUGCAUUUAUAUAUGGUUGGAAAAAACUCUCAAAUACGUGUUACAAUGAUAUGAAAAUCACAUUUCAAUGUCCAUAAAUAAAGUUUACUGGAACAGAGCCGCCGUCUGUCUGUGCACUUUCUAUACCUUUCUGCCACAACGGCAUCACUGAGGAGCUGUAACAGAGGCUAUACGGGCUGCAAAGUCUAACAUGUUUCCUGUCUGGCCCCUCACAGAAAAGGCUGGCUGACCCCUGGUCUAUCUUCACGCCUCGAUGUGGACUCUACCCAUGCUCUCACAACAGCAUUUAACUACUCUUCCCCUAGACAGGUUGCACCCUUCUGAGGUGCUGUGAACCCUCCCCACAGGCUGAAAAGAUAAACCAGUCACAGACUACGCCAGAACAGAGACUCAAGCCAGGUUUUAAUGAUCAUUGUCUAGUUUUCAGAGCCCAGAGGCUCCAAGGUUUGCCAGCCUGGGAGCACACAAGUGGAAGGACUAGGAUCUUGGACAUGGGGAGGCCUGCUCACUUCGCCAGCAGGGCUACAAGGAAGUACAGAGGUAAGGACACAUGGAGAACUGGAAUCAGUCGCCUUCACUCUCCCCAGCUGGGGUCUCCCCACUCCUGGCUCCCUCUUAGGAGCCUCAUAAAUACAGGGAAAGAAAGAAGAUCACAAUCACACAGACAGAUUGCACAGCCCUGACAUCCUCUUGUCUCCAGGGACUCCUGCUUCCUGGGAGACAUGUCUGGCUGACUGAUGGGGGUGGGGGUGAUCGCUCGACCUUGUCUUAUAACCAGACCUGGCAGUUUCCUACAUAGGGUUCCAGUGAGCUUACAUCUGCUGAGUACCCAAUCCCUCAAGUAGAAAGCUACCUUUGGGUUCUAGUCACUGAAACCAUGGGAAGAGGCCAAUCAGUUCAGUCUCUUGGUGGGGAAGCCAGGAACACCUACCAGGCUCUCAAACUGGUAGGUCCUGGCUAACCUAGUGGAUACAGUGGGGAGACUAAGAGCCUCAUGCCCUAAACUGGGUAGGACUUAGGAGGAAAACGGCCUUCCUAGUCCUUGGGAACUCAGGAUGUCCAGAGGACCUACUUCAUCUGACAUCCACUUGAAAGAUUUUCAGAGCCCUAGAUGAUGGGAGGGGAAGAUGCUGCCUGGAGGUGAGAUUUUCUCUGAUAAGUCUGAGGAGGGGAUCCUGGUUCCUAUAGCUUCAGUGUCAGAAUCUUUAGAAGUCUCUGGAAUAUGACCACACAAUUUUUCCCUCCUGCGUCUAGCUUACUAGGGCAGUUAACAUAGGAAGAGCAACUUACAGCUGCUUGGUCCCCUGCCAGUGUUCUUCUGGAUCUGUCACUGACCUAGUUUUACAUUUAUUUCUGACAUACCAUUACUCUAAGGAAGGUUUCUGAGGAGUCUGAAGAGCCAGCUUGCUCCUCAUCAACCCUUCUCUCAAGGUCUUCAACCUGCAGCUCUCCUAACUCUGGGCUUUACAGAGUGCCACAGAGAUGUGGGGUGAAGAUUUAGGCAAUUCAGAAAUCGAAAGUACAAAAGUUUGUAUCUGCAGAGCCUGGCAUGGUCACAGUCUCCUACAGGGCAAGAAAAUCAUGUGCAUGAAGUGCACGUAAGUAGAAACCACUCCGGAAGUGGACAUUAGUGGGGACUGAAGAAUCAUCCUGAUGGAAGUCAAGGUGCUGGGGUGCAUGCAGACCUAUAAGCAUGCAUCCUUAUGAGCAUGCAAGUACUUGAGGGAAACGCUGCACCUCUCUCGACAAAGCUAGGUUACUAAUAAAGGAUGGACAGCGGUCUGGACAUCCCAGCAACAGACAAGGGGAAGAUGUUGAGUUCCAGUCCCCACCUCGGAUCUUAACAGGCAGUGGGAGUUAGGACCUCCUAGCAAGCAGCCUUCACCCACAGGUAAAUGACACUUCUUGGAACCUAAAUAGCAGAUUGGAAAACUGGAAGAGCUGGAGAACUUCCAAGGACAGGGGACUUGGUGGGAGAGAGGGGACAGACUGAAAAGACCAACGUCGGAGAACAUUUUUACCUUUGCCCUUCAUGUCCCCUUGCCAAAGCUCAGAGCCACCAACCCCCAGGGCCUGCAGUAGAGUCAAAGGAAGUGGCCACCUCUAUGCUCAAAGUAUUCCGCCACUUUGAUGGAAUGGAAUGUUGGGCCUGUUCUUAAGUUCCUCUGGUCUGACAACUGUGCACACCUCUGGCUGAGAGGGUCUCCUGAAAGUUUAGUGCCACUGACUGUCUCUGUUACAAGACUGUAUGGAACCUUGCGGAGAGGGAAGAACUCUAAGUCACCCUCCGAACCGCCAUUCCUCUGUGGCAGGGACCACUUGAUUCCAGCCCCGCAGAUGAAUCCCAUGCUCCAGCUCUGCAGCAGGGGUGAGAUCUCUAAGAGAGAAGCAAGGCGGCUUUGUCAGCACAAAGGAGAUGUCUGCCUGGUCCCCUCCACCCCUGAGCCCAAGCUAAGCCAGCUGGGGCCAGACUUCUUGGACUCCUUCUUUUGCAGAGCAGCAUAUUAGGGAACACUCAGAAUUCUACCUGAGCCUAUCAGGAGAGCAAA